AUGAAACGAUUUACAGGUGUCAGAAGUCCCAACUCACCUCCAUACUUGCGAAACAUCUCGCUUCCAGACCAAAAGCCAGAGGCAGAUGACAUCAUCAUUGAUGGUUUGGCCUUGGUCCGUGCACUGCCACCCAAAAGAUGCGAGCGUGGGGAGGAGAAGGAUUUGGAGUUUGCAAGAAAAAUUGAUCAAGAAAUGCGCAAUGAAUAUGGCGGGAGUCCAGUUAUUGUGGCAGAAAAUAAUGCUAUUUUAGAGGAGCAUGAUGAGAGAGAUGAAUUUUCUGGUAGAAUUGAGUUUUUGGAGUCAACAGACGAAAAUAUUGAGACAGAUGAGACAGACUUGAUAAUACCAGAAGAAAAUAGUCCAAGGAUUUCUAAUAUGGAUGAUCUUCAAGAGGAUGAGGAGGAGGUGGAAGUUAAUGAAAGGAAUGAUUGUCAAAGCCAGCUUUUCCAAGGAAUUUUGGAUUCUCUUAGAGUGAGUCAGGAUGUGACAUCUGUAAAUGGUGAAGAAAUUGGAGCCAGUGGAGUUCAUGUGAAUCAAGUUGCACAGGAUGAAGUACACCAGAAUGACAGCAGUGACAAUAGUAAUGGGGAUGAUAGUGGGAAUCCAUCGUUCUGUAUAGAAAAUGUACAUAAAUUGUUAGGUGAUGAUGAUGAUAACGAGGAGGAGGAGGAGGAGGAUGAGGAUGAUGAUGAAGACGAACCUGAGGAGGAAGGGGAAGAAGAGGAGGAUGAGGCUGAGGAUGAGGAGGAGGAGGAGGAGGAUGAUGAUGACGACGAUGAUGAUGACGAUGAAGUGGAAGAAGAGCAGAGUGAAGAUGAAGUAGAUGGUAAUAUAGAAAUAAAUGAUAAUCCCACAUUUAUGAUGGAAAAUAUUCAGUGUCUUUUUGGAUAUACAGACAAUGACGAUGACGAUGAUGAUGACGAAAGAUUUCACUCUGCUUGUGAUGAUAUAACCACAGCCUUCUGGGGAGGGGAUGAUGAUCUUGCUAUGCAAGAUGGAAGUGAAGAGGAUGCUGAUACAAAUACAUAUUGGCAAAUAAUGAAUAGGGAACCACUCUUGGAGGAUUAGAAAAUGUUAGCCAAUUUCUUAGUGAAAGUCAGUGUGAAUAUACUUUAAAGUAGUGUAUUUUUGUUUUCCUUUGUGGCUCUUUGAUAUAUGUUAUUCUCAUGAAAAGAUUAUUGUGUCUGAUAAGUUUAGUGACAAAAGCUGUGUAUGAAUUUCUUGUGCUAUGAGUGAUUAGACACAAAUAGUAAUGAAUACUGGUGUUACACCUUUUUACUCCAAAAAAUACUGGUGUUACACAUUUUUACUCAAAAAAAAGAAAAAAAAAUGGGAAUCCUAAUUCUUCUCUCAGGUUUACCAUCUCCCCUGUUAUUGGAUGCUCAAGAAUUAGUACUCACCAUAGAUAACAGAUAACCCGAAAGUCAGUGGCUGUGAAGUAAUUUAGUGUUUGAAAAAGAAUUUAUAUAAUGAUAAUCGAAUAGUCCUUCACCUUGUAAACUUCCUAUGGUAAGCGUAAAAUGCACAACUGCAAUGAUUAUGAUUUACAUCAUGGAUCAUCAUGUAAUAAUUACAGAAACUAUAUAUAUUUAUAUAUUUCAUACCUCUUAGAUAACUAUACACAUUUGUUAGAGCUUGUUGUUAAUCAGAACAAACACUGUUUUUGCUGGGUAACCCAAACUUUCUUGUACAUGCAGAAGUGAGGUUAUUUUCAAAUUAUAUUUUUGGUAGUUUACUCAAAUUUUCAGAGAUUAAGCUGAAGCCAGGAUCAGAUGAAAGAGGAAGGUUCACCCUUUGUGGAGGAUUGGUCAUAAUGACCUUUAAGAAUGUGCUUCACACCUUUGCAAAUCGUGUUACUAUUUUGUAAUUUUACCUAAGUACUAUUUCCUUUAUGAAAAUGCGUUGGUUUAUACAUAUACUGCAUUGGAAGAACUGAGCUAGAGAUGAAAUAUAAUGAGAUGAUAUUUUCUAUACAUUUUAAAUAUUGUGCAAUGAAAUUGUCAAGUACGUAUAUGUUCCUUAUUAUGUAAGCACCUUAGAAUACGUAUGGAAUAAUAUAGCUUACAUGAUGAAAGUAUAAACCUUGUGCAUUUAUUUACAUAGUAAUAAUAAUUGUACACAGCAAAGAAUUACUUCAGUGGAUAUUUAAGAUAAAUGUGUAUGUGAAGUUGUUUAACAGUUUUGUAUUGAUUUUUCCUGCAAGAUUCUUCAAAUUGAAUUUGUUCAUCAUGUGUGUCACAAGGCCAUUUUGCUAUCCCUAGAAGAGGUGAACAUAGUCAAUUAGAUAAGCAUAUCAAUAUUUGUAUUAAUAUUGAAAUGGCAUUGACCAUGAAUCCAAAGUCAGGCUUUUCAUUUUCUGUGGGUCUGUAUUUUUGUGUCUGGUGGUGAGAAGAAGAUCAGUGUAGUCAUAAGAUUUGUCAUCGUACUUCCUUAUUCCUAAUAUUUCACAAAUGCCCAGUCAACUUUAAGGCACAUGGCUUAUCAUGUAAGCUUUUUGUGUGAUCAUAAAGUCAGUUCAGGAAGUGUUAACCAACAUUUUAAAUCAUUAAGGAUUUCAGUGCAGUACUGUUACUGCCUGGCAGUACUCCAGAAAUAACAGUGAAUGUAUAUUCUUUGUGGACUUUUUAUCAGUGAUUUCUUGAAGUAAAAAAAGUUGGAAAUAAAGAGUUUGUUAAGUCAUACUUUUUUUUUAUUAUUAUUAUUACUUUAAAUUCAGUAUAAUAAAGACAAAAAAAAUGGAACAAAGGCUAAAUUUCUGGAGGGCUGUGUUUAGUACCAAAAUUUUAGUAACUUUGAUGUCCUUGAGAGUUUUAAUACCUUGAAGUCAUAACACCAUUAAAUAUAUAAAGGAGCACAAGGUAGUAACUUCAUGGUAUAAUAAGUCUUUGUUUUCUUUAAAUAGUUUUUUAUUACAUUGCUAAUGUUUAUUGUGUAGGAGGAAUAGCUGUGUGAGUUUUGUCAUGAACAUUAACAUAAACUUGUAAUUGAUAAUGAAACAUAUAUAUAGUCUGAAGGGGCUGCAGUGUGUUGUGUGAUAGUCAAGACAAUGAUUUUGUAUUUUUAUACCCAAAAGAAAAUGUGGAUUUCAUAUCAGGAUGAAAUAAAUAAUAAGUAGGAAGGCAUCAUGAAAUAAGUGAUUUUUGCUGGGAUUAUUAAUACUUUAGCAUUUGAUGUAGGUAUCCCACAAGUUUAAUCAGUAACAGAGUAUUCUUUCCUGACCUGAAAGCGUACUACUUUUUUUAUUCUAUACACUUUAAAAGGAAUGCUUCAACAGUUUUAAAUUAUCAUCCACAUAAGAAAAGGUAGCUUUUUUUAUUUUAUAGUUUGAUAGUUAAUAAAGUUUUAUUUUCCCUAAAUGUAACUUCAAAACAUAGGCAACAAUUGAAGGACCCCACUGAUACAGAUUUUUAAAUUGCUAAAUAUUUGAUAGCAAGUCCCAGAGAUGUAACUUAGGAAAUGAGGUGGGGUGUGAUUUUGCCUAUGCUAUAAGUAACCUAAAUCAAUUAUGUAUUAGGUAGUUUUAUACUUUAGUGUACAAUAUUCCCAGAAGCAGUAAUGAUAAAAUGUAAGGGUGAGUGCUCAGAAAUCAGUAAGAAAUAUUGUUUUCCCACCAUGGGGUAUUUGUAGAAUUUAUAUUUAUGCGAGACCAAGAUUAAACAAGAACAAAAAAAAAAAGGUGCAGGAAAGGGGAGUUGCCAAUUUUGUCACCCAGUAGAAGGAGGAUGCUCAAUACAUUUGGCAGUACUGUAUGUAGAAGGAAGAUGCUCAAUAUAUUAGUGAUUCAGUAUGGUUAACCAGUAAGUGUAUAUCUAUUUUUGGGUAAAGAUCUAUAAGUUUUACGACUACAUAAUAGUUGACCCAUUGUUGACAGGUAACAUACAUUUAUGUUUACAUAUAGCUUUGUGGUAAUGUCCGGGUAGCAUUAUAUAUUCAAGAUUUGGCGCCAUACAGUUUGAACAAAUUUUGCAGGAAAAAUGUUCCUAGUUCCAUUUAUCACUAUCUGGCAACUCUUCAGAUUGCCAUAUUAGAGUUGGAGUGAGCUGUGAGAGAUUGAGUCUUGCUUGAGGUGGUACAGAGAGAGAAAUGUUGUCACAACUCACAACCUCCCAUUUAGUUUGCAUUACAUAGUAGUGAAUGAAUCUAAAUUUGUCAUGUUAUCAACUUUUUUUUUUUCUUUCUGUAUGAUCUUCAAUGGUGUUAACUCCUCAAGCAGGGUUCCACUUACCUUGGUGUAGCGCAAGCACCUAAGCUGCACGGACACCAUGUUUGCUUCCUUAGGUAGAAUGACUGAAUACAAAACAAGGUGUGAUGUGACCUCCAGCUAACUCAGGAUGUGUGCAAGAUUUUCCCCUCUCACACAAGUUGUAAACAUUAUAUUCCUAACUUAGAGCCGUUGUUAUGCUCAGAGGUCUGGAUAAACUAAUCCUUUAUAAUAUUAAAAAUAUUUCCUAACUUAACGUGAAGCGGUCUUCGUAAUUAAUACUCAUAUUUAGUACUGCUUACUAACAACAAGGAUCAAAUAAAAAGGACACUAAUUAAACAUGUAAAUAUGUUAUCAGUUAUUAGUGGAAACACAAGUAAUCAAACAGGAACAUAGCCUUAAUUAAGUACACCAAUUAAAUAAAUAUGUGCUAAAAUCUACCGUCAAGUAGGGCCUUGUUUCACUGACGGAAAUUAAAAUAAAUACGCUAUAUUUUAUUAGAAAUAAUGUUUCUGUACUGUUUAACAUGCACAUUAUUAUUUUUUACAUUUUCAUUAUCAUAAAUAAAUCAUAAAUAUCCUAUCCUAAAAUUCCUGUAUCUCUAACUCAACACUAAACACCCUCUUCAGGCUCUUCAAUGGACCUUUCCUACCCCCCCCCCCUUACCAACAAGAGCAAAAACAAGAACAGCAAAGUAAGCGACAAUGUAUUGGUACUGUUUGUAUGUCAGGCAGGCUCACAUCAGCCAAUCUUUUUUGUUAAAUACUUCACACCAAUUCCUUUGCAAUGGAUUUUUCCAGAAAACCUAAAAUUGUCAUUUUUACCAGUACAACUUAAGCACAUGACAUUUUAACCCUUCUGCUGUUAGGGACUGAUCUCCUCAGUCAUCGAAAGAUCAUGUCAAUGGUGGGGGACUGAUUGCAGUCAUUCUUUUGGUUCUAGUUAGGCAGAUUGCAGUAGAUCCAUCAUAGUAUGGAGUGUUUGUCUAUAUUCUAGCUACAUUGGCAACAUUAGAUUUCCAGCUGAGAGGAUAAUCUGAGGACAAGAGCUAGACCUUCAGUAACCAUCAAAAUGCUGAGAGGGGGUAGGAGGUUUCUCUCCAUGAUGAAGUAGCACAGAGGCAUCUGUUUGGAAAUGACAAUGAUAGUAGUAGACCUGAAUUAUGAGAUGGUUCUGAUAGUGACAGGAAUGAAUAUGGUGAUGUUUAUUAUAUCGUAGUUAUAGGGAAACCUACCGUACAUUUUUCAUUUCAUGUUUUAUCAAAGAUGAUCAUGAAUCAGAGGAAAUGAUGGAGGAGGAAUCAGAUUUGUCAUAAAAGAAAUCAUGAUACAAUUUGCAAAUGGAACACCGUAAUUCAGUUUGUAAAGAAUCAGUAAUGUGAAACUUUUUUGGAAAUAAAUUCACAUUUUCUACAGAAUGGCAAGUUAAUGUUUGAUUUUUUGUGAAAUUUAUCCAAGUGAAAUUUACUCCAUGCUUUAAGAUGUAUCACUCUGAAAUGAAUCUCCAAUAAAAGCUACAUAAUUCAAUUUUUGCAUAACAUACCAUUUGCAUAUUAUCUUUAUCACUCUAUUGUAAUAACAUAAUUUGCAGUACUACACUGUGAAAAUAUGACAGUAAUGAAAAUAAAGAAAGUACAAAUAAAAAAAUGGAGGAAAUUAGUUGGUUAUAUCAUUAGCAAUAUAUACUCAUCACGUCAAUAGUGGAGAAAAGAGGCUCACAGCCAAAGGGUUAACUGUCUUUUUAUUGUGCAGCGGCAGUAAUUAUAGUAAAGAACACUGUAGUAUUGUGUGCUCUCUCUCUCUCUCUCUCUCUCUCUCUCUCUCGCUCUCUCUCUCUCUCUCUCUCUCUCUCUCUCUCUCUCUCUCUCUCUCUCUCUCUCUCUCUCUCUCUCUCUCUCUCUCUCUCUCUCUCUCUCUCUCUCUCUCCAAUAGGUCUUCCUUUUGCUGGCUAAACAUCACAAGUGAUAUGCAUCAAUGACCUCGUUUUAAAGUUAACUAGCAAAUUUGUUUAUGACAAGAAAAGGGUAUCGAUGCAGACAAAUUGAGGAGCGGUCAGUAAAAUGGCUGACUCCAUUCGACUUUAAUGAAUGUAGUCUUGCAUAUAGGUUAUAGCAGCAAGAAUGAAAAUUAAACUUUUUGACAAUGAGAUAGUUUUCAAGAUCUAGGGUUCAUUGUGUCUAAUAACUUGCAACCCUCUUAACAAUUUGUAGAUGUUAAAAAGAGAGUCCCUUCAGAAUACAAUGGGAUGCAUUCAGUGUCCAUUUUCUAAUAGGAAAGAGUGUAAUACUGUUCAUUUAUGGAUGUCAUCACAGAAGUAAACAUCUAAUUCAGAGCAAUCGAGCCUAAUAGCACCAGUCGGAAACUAUACAUACUGUAUUAAAGUGUACUGUCUAGGAAGUUCUUAAUUAAAAAGUCACUUGAUAGAAAAAUUUAAAAUACUUGAAGCUAUAACUAGUAAAGAUUACAGGCUUGUGGUUACUGAACAAAUUAGCCAAACUGGAUCCAGCAGUUGAAAAAUGGUCACAGUCACUUGGAAUAGACUUGCUUGCUGAGGUAGUAAAUAGUAACAACACUGGCCUCAAUAAGAUGAGACAGUGAUUAAUACUUAUGACUUAUUUUUCUAGAUGUCUGCUUGGAUGGUUAAGCUUUUAUGUAACUCAGUUUACAACUUGUAGACUAGAUUUAAAAUGGAAGAUUAGUUCCCACUAGUAGGCCAUGAGAUGGAGUCACCUGUCAUACUAAUAGUUUUGUAAAAAAAAAUUUCUUCUAAGAUGGGUGAAUCAGGUUAGAAACCCAAAAAUGCUGUGCCAGUUUCUUAAAAGAGAAAUUCUUUGAAAAACAGGUAAUACUUGACUUAUUCCUUCAGUAUUAGACUUCUCAUUGUUGGUAAGACUAACAAAUAUACCCCCAGCAUAGCUAUCAGGAUGAUCAUUUGUACUUCUGUUUUGUUAAGCUUUUGCAUUUUUUUGUCAGUGCCUUGCUUUUUUACUCUAGUAUUGCUGGUGUCUAAUUACAUACAUAUUAUGUAUUUUGCAAGUGUCAGGUUACGUAUUUGGUUAUCAGUUGCAAGAUGGAAGAAUUUUGAUGAUUGAAAAAAAAAAAGCACACCCUAAUGUGUUUCUAAGAUAAUAGAAAUAUUCUCCCUCUUAAGACCUACCAGUCUAUGACAUCGGUGUUCUCAACUCCCCUCUUCUCUCCAUUUGCUCUGUGUUUGGUUCCCUGCCUCUUAUUUUGGGCAACAAAAAUCUCUUACCCCAUCGUAAUUAAUUUGUGACAAGUUCAAAUACAAAAACCAUGAAACUGUGCUGCAGCUUUACACAAAAAUAGUUAGACCUCAUCUUGAAUAUGCAGUACAGUUUUGGUCACCAACACUAAGAAAGCAUAUGAAUAGAUUAGAAAGGGUACAAGCAAGAGCCACGCUUAAUUCCAUCCAUCAGGCAAAUAUGUUACCAAAGACGACUAGAGAGCCUGAACAUGUAUGGCUUAGAAACACGACGAUUGCGAGGACAACUAAUAGAAACAUUCAAAAGACUGAAAGGCAUAACAAAACUAGAUGGUAGCCUAUUUACAUUAAAAGAAAAUCAGACGAAAUAAUUGAUGGAAAUUAGAGCUGAAGAGCCACAACAUAUCCCAGUGUGGGAACUUCUUUACAUACAAGAUACGACACGUGGAAGAAAUUGUCAUACGACGUAAGCAACGACAGUGUGGUAGAGUUUAAAAGAGAGCUAGACAAAAUCAUUAGAACUGUAAAUGAACAUUAAAACCUGCUUGUAGAAUGAGGACAUGAGGUCUCCUCGGAUGGAUUAGUCUGAGACCACGUAAUCCUUUAACGUGACUUUUGAUGCACAAGGCACAGUUCAACCCCACACCUUUCCCAUAACCAUAUGGGAAUUGUUUUGUAUGAGUUGCUUUACAGUCCUCAUCCCUCAAUUCAUUUAAACAUUUCCAACCUGUUUCACAGAUGAACCCAAACUGAGUUCUCAAUUUUUCUGAGCCUUUCAUUUAAGCACCUUUUCCAGUAUGCUCAUACCAUACUCAAACAAUUUUAUUUCUCUAUAAUAUCUACAUUGCAAUGCCUCCCCUAUACCUUUGUAACUCAUUACUUUAAAUUUCUUUUCUCACUUUUCUAUUCCUAUCUCUUUCUUUAUCUGGGCCAUAUAGUAAAUAGUACAUGAAUGACCAAUGCUCAUUAUCUUAAAUGGUCCUGAUCCCUCAUUUAUUUCCAUCUUAAAUGGUCCUGAUCCCUCAUUUAUUUCCUCUGUUGGUCCCUCUGUUAUAUCAAAAUCCUUUAUGUUCAUUUUCCACAUUAAGAUUUCGUAAAUAAUGCCUCUAUUGUGCCUGUAUUUUAUAUAUAGUAAUUACCAACCAAUUUCCAUACUAAGUUACUUAUGCAGAUUGUUCAUAGAAAUUUAUAUUUUCAGCAACUGUUGAAGAUGAAAAAAUUUGAAGUCAGAGAUCUCAAAAUCUUAUAAAAUUGUUAAAAAAAAUAUAAAUUUAAAAAUUACCAUACUGGGUGUAGGUCAUCAGUCAUGUUAGAAACAUUCAAAUAGACUUCACAUAAUACGUAUAUAUAUCCUGUUACAGUGAGCUGCUUCCUGUAUCAAAUUUUUUUUUUUUGUUUGGGGACUUGAUACAAAUUUUCAAUAUUGGGACUACAUAAUUAGAACCCAUAAAAAUUACCAUACUGGAUGUAGGUCAUCAAUCAUGUUAGAAACAUUUCAAAUAGACUUCGCAUAAUACAUAUACAUAUCCAGUUACAGAGAACUGCCUCCUCUAUCGGUAAAUUUUUUCUUUUGGGGACUUUAAUACAAAUUUGUAAUAGUAUUGGCACUACAUAAUUAGUACCCACUUUUUGUCUAGAGGUGUAUUUCAUUAUCCAUAUACUGAAAAUGGUUUAUUAUAAUAAACUGGAGUAAAUAUUUAGUUAUCACAGUGUGCUGAUUUUUUAUUGUUUAAAAUUUAAUGACAGAAUUGCUUUUGUUUCUUAUUCAAGUUUUAGAAAAUUACUGAAAAUAUUAAAUUUUUUUUUUUUUUUUGUAGUAGAAUAACAUUAUGAGUUUUCUUUAUCUGCUAUAUAAGCACCAUACCUGGUCAAAUGGUUUCCCAUUUUAUGUAGAUGAUGGAAUAUCCUUUGACCAUUUUGUUAAAUAUAUACUGUAUACAUAAUAGGUUUAUAACAAGGUAAUAGUAUGUAAAUGCAAUGGUGGAAUUUUUUUUUUUUUUUCUUUUAAUAUUUUAUGCGAGAACUAUGCAAAAUGUUACACUACAGGUUCACCCUAAUACCUAAACAGUAAUGCUAAUGAUCUGGAAGUGUGCAAGUCCUGAAUAUUAAAGAAUGAAAGAGCUUGCUCAGCAUACAAGAUGUAUCAUGGUGUUGCUAGUUACUGAAUUCAACCCGAGUUGUUAUAUUCAUGAAUUUAUGUUUUGCAAUUAUUGUGACUUGGAUUUUAAGAUAUUGACAUUACUGUGUGAUUUGGGCUUUAAGCUAUUGCUAAUACCAUUUCCAAUUUUAUUUUAAAACCAUACUUUUAGAGAGGGUUUUUAUUUCAGUUUUAUAUCCAUAACUAUAUCUUGUAAUACAGACAAAAAUGACUUUGAGAGUUUUUGAAGCCGUUCAAAACUAUUAAUUUAAAGAGCAGUAUGAGGCAUGCAUAGCAGAUUGUUUUAACACAUUGGGUGUGGGUGGAAGAUGCUUGUUUUCCAUUUUGGUCUAUAACCUUUAUAGAUUAGUUUUGCUGUGAAGGAAUGUUUUGAGAAAUACUAAUUUGAAUCUUUGGGAAAGUUUUUAAACCAAAGGAGAUGCAUAUAAUGUUUGCUGUAACUGGAGUUUGGAGUGCUGGGAAAGUGGAGGAAUAUUAUGGAUUACUAAAUGAACUAAAAUAUAUGGCAAACUUAGUAUGUGCAAUAGAGACACGGUUCGUGUUUCUAUUUCACAGAUUUUUUUAUUUUGCUUUAAAAUUGCAUCUAGGGGCAAAUUUGGUAUUUAGGCACAAAGUUUCGCAGGGUCUUUUGAACAUGAAUGAACACUUCCAGAGAAUUCAUACCUAUAAAUUUCAAUCAGCCUUAGAACUUUUACAAAUUUUAUUAAUUCUGCUAGCUGUAGAAUAUAGUAUCAAUAUUAUAAGUUGCCACAUUAAAUUGAAUAACAAAUGAUUAUGUAGUAAUGAUUUUUAUGAGGCAUACAUUUGAUCAAAUAUUGUGUUUUAUAAUGUAAAUGUACCAUUUAGUGGAAAAUCUGACUUUCUUGGCAUUGGUUUUUUUAAGAGUUACACUCAAGCCAAAUCUAGUUUAAAAGUAAAUACUAGGGAAUGGCAACAUUAGAGCAAAUAAGCAGGCUUCAGUGUAAGAUUGGGAAAUUUUUAAAAUAUGACAUUUGACGAUUACUCUGCUUUUUACUGUUAAUAUUUGAGAGCCCUAAAAAAAAAAAAUGUCCUUAAGGUUCAGUUAUGUAGAGAAUUAUGUAGUCUCGAUGUUUAUACAGUUACCUGUUUAAAUUACAACAGGAAGACACAUAUGUAUUAUUAUACAUAAUUUAUUUUUAUCUUGAGAACCUGGGGGCUGAAAGGGUGCUGUAGAUAGCCUUUGGUAGUGCCUAGAGUGUGCCAAUCUCACUAUGCAUAUGUUAGGUCUACCCCUUAUGGACCAACCCUGUGAGAGUUAAGAUUUUCAACUAUACAUAGUUUUUGCUAAAACCAUUUAGUGACAGUAAUGCCUCCUACAGAAUUUCAGUGACAAACACUGUGGACACUUCAUAAUCAGCUAAUGUAAUUUGUAACUUGGAUAAUAACAGAUAAACUCAACAAAGAAUUUUUCACUAGUGGAAGUAGAAGUCAACAGAAGUGGAUUCUACGGAUUUGAUGGUACGUAAUUGACACUCAGGUAUUUAACAAUAGAGUUGAGAGAAUAUUUAUAACCACAGACAUAACUUUGCCAAAAAUGUCUUUUUUGGGCCGAAGAAAUUGGAUAAUAAUCGCUUUCUAAGGCACUGUCACCUCUUCCAUAUAUGAAUGCACAUAAUUUGUUAUACUUUCCAUACAUGCACAAAUUGAUAACAGUGGUUGUAACUGUAAAGCACUUUUAAGGUUAGUGGGAGGAUUUGUGUUAAAAAGCAACAUGUAAUUUUGCCUAUAGAAAGCAGUUUGGCCUUCUGACACCUAAAUUAAGUUAAAGUUAUAAAAGUACAAGUAAGACUUAUCACAUUAUUGUUUUCUGACUAAAAUCAUCUGAUCAAACGAAAUUUUUUGUAUCAAUACAGCUAUUGAACCCUAUAAUAUUAUCUUCACAGUUCCAGGUGUAAUGUAAUUGGUUAGUAUAUUGAAAUUGCAUUUUAUUGGCUUUAGUUGUGUCCUAAGAGAUUUUCAUGUUUCAUAAGCUAACAGUGUUGUACAUUAUGUAUAUAUUAUUUGAAUUUUUUUUUUUAUUCUAUGCUAAUAUUACUUUUCAGUUAGAUUUGCCAAAUUUUGUAAGGUUGAUGCAGAAGCAUACUAUUUAGUUUAUAUUAUUCUAAACAUGCAAAAGUAAAUUCAUAAGUACUGGUUUGUACUAUAGAUCUCAAGAAUUAAUCUUUAAAUUUGUCAGUGAUAACCAGAAACGCUUCUCUCUAGCCAUCCAAACCUGUAGAAACUCAUUUCACACAUUUUUCUUGGCUAAUUAAUGAGUGUUUUACUUUUUGGAAAAGUAGUUACCUCUUGAACUAUUCUAUUCAAAAUCAAGUAUGUGUGUAAAAUUCUAAUUAAAAUUACACUAGUCUUUAAAGAUAUGAAAAGUAUUAUAUUGCUACUAUCACAUGAACUCUUCUGAAAUCAACAUUGUUGAGAGCUGGUUGAAUUAAUUAAGUGGUGUCUUAAGAGUAAUGGUUGUACUAAUACUGUACCAAACAUUAUGUAAUGUGAUCUUAUAUAUAUGUAUUUAUAUGAUUGUUUUGAAAAUUAAUCACUAUUUUAAGAAAACAUUACAGAAAAGUAAUGUAAACUGGUAUAAUGUAUAUUUUAUUACCAGGUUGUGUUAUUGUGUUUUGAAUUUUGCUUGAAACAGGUCAGAUUAGUAAUUGUGCAACCUCAUACUUUUUUUAUAUAAAAAAUGGCAAAUAAGUAUAGUAUGAAAACAGGUUGGUCAAUAGUUCGCCUAUAUGUACUAGCAUUGGUUGAUAAACCAUUAAAAUUUAAUGUUACUUCUUCCUUUACUGGUUUGACGAUCCUGGGAAAUGUGGUGCAAAACCAUUGCAUAUAUAGUUGUUGUUUCUCAUUAUUUAGGGCAAUGCUUAGUAAAAUAAUUGUAUGUAAAAAGAGAACAGUUAAAUUAAAUCAGAAAUUUAGAUGUGAAAUUUAAUCAAAGCAAGGCCUAUUAAUGUGGCAGAAGAAAACUGUUUAUUUGCAUAGUGAAAAAAAUAUAUGUUUAGUAAAAUUCAUGGAACCCUCACUUGACUGGCAACUUAGUUUGCAGUCCCUUGAUGAGAAACACAAAAAGUAGCAUUUUUUUUUUCAUUCCAUAUAAAAAAUUUUACUACACAGUGCAGUGAAAGUAUUUACCUUGUAAACUAUUGAUGUUAGAUUGGUAAGAUUUCAUGUUUUUUUUUUUUUUUUUUUUUUUUUUUCUACUGAAGCAUAUCAAUCCAGUAAUUCAUGUGUAGACAUGAGAGGGAAAAUUACAAGCGCUAAAAGAAGUGCACACAAGAACUUUGUAGAGAAACUAUGUUAGUUGGAGCAACAUUUCAAUGCAUAACAGAAUUAGAAUAUUAUUACCAAAGUAAUGGAGUGAACUAACCUGUAAUUUGGUUGUGUUUCAAGGCGCACUAACAGUCUUGCAUGUACAAGAGCUUCAGUGGUAUAGAGGAGACCUCAUAAUGAUAAAAUAAAAGGUCAUAAUUGCUGAAACCUUGAGGGAUUCUUGAGAAAACAUUGAGCUAUACAAUCCAACUGUUCUAUGAACAUUAUUUUUUUUUUCUUAUAAAGAACAAGUUAUGUUCAGUCAUAUGUACAGUAUUGUAUGUUCACAAAGUGACUUUGUGUUAGUGAUUUAUUACAAAUGAUAUUUGAAAUCCAUUGUCAUCAUUUGUACUAUGUUGAUUUUUUUUACCUUGUUUGUUUUAAAAAUAAAAGAUUUUUAAGUAUAAA